UGGUGUAGAAGAGUCUGCGCUGUUGUCUCUUGAGAGCCUCUGUACCGGUUGCCCUGAUGUGCAUGCAUUUGGGUAUUCCAACAAGCACACUGCAUCGUAUGCUCGCUGCCGCUCAUUUCAAGCUGUGAUGGUCUGCUGGCUUUUCUCCAGGUCCUGUUUCGGCAUAAAAGUGAGAUUCACAAGACUGGUCUAAGAUGUCUUACAGAAAGGAGCUAGAAAAAUACCGAGACCUAGAUGAAGACAAGAUCCUUGGAGCUCUGUCAGAGGAGGAGCUCAGGAAGUUAGAGAAUGAACUGGAAGAGCUGGAUCCUGAUAACGCGUUGCUGCCGGCAGGGCUCAGGCAGCGGGAUCAGACGCAAAAGCCACCAACCGGCCCGUUCAAAAGGGAGGAACUCAUGGCCCACCUAGAAAAGCAGGCGAAGGACAUUAAAGACAGAGAAGACUUGGUUCCUUUCACGGGUGAAAAGAGAGGAAAAGCUUGGAUCCCGAAGCAGAAACCAAUGGAUCCUGUUUUGGAAAGUGUGACUCUGGAGCCGGAACUGGAGGAAGCCCUUGCUAAUGCCUCUGAUGCAGAGCUCUGUGACAUUGCUGCCAUCCUUGGCAUGCACACCUUGAUGAGUAACCAGCAGUACUACGAGGCACUGGGGAGCAGCACCAUCGUGAACAAAGAAGGGCUCAACAGUGUGAUUAAGCCCACACAGUACAAACCAGUUCCUGAUGAGGAGCCAAACUCAACAGAUGUGGAGGAAACUCUGAAACGAAUACAAAGCAAUGAUCCUGACCUUGAGGAAGUCAACCUUAACAAUAUUAUGAAUAUUCCCAUACCAACUCUAAAAGCUUUUGCGGAAGCGCUGAAAAAUAACACCUACGUGAAGAAGUUCAGUAUAGUUGGGACACGGAGCAACGAUCCUGUUGCUUUCGCACUGGCAGAAAUGCUGAAGGUCAAUAACACGCUGAAGAGCCUGAAUGUGGAAUCAAACUUCAUUUCUGGGUCAGGGAUCCUGGCUGUUGUCGAAGCGCUCCAGGGCAACACAUCACUCGUAGAGCUGCGCAUCGACAACCAGAGCCAGCCCUUGGGCAACAAAGUAGAAAUGGAAAUUGCGAACAUGUUGGAAAAAAACACUUGCCUGCUGAAGUUUGGGUACCAUUUCACUCAGCAAGGUCCCCGGCUCCGCGCCUCCAAUGCCAUGAUGAAUAACAAUGACCUAGUGAGGAAGAGAAGACUUGCAGAGUUGAACGGGCCUAUUUUUCCCAAGUGCAGAACUGGAGUGUAGUUCCUGGCUACGGAGGUCAUUCCCGGUGAUCUGUGCUACACUGUGGAAAUCUAAAGGCAAAAAGUGCCUUGACAGAGUACUUGUGCCUCAAUUCUGUUUUAUGCACUGUUUAAGUUAACUAGUGGCUGUAGUUGAAGAUUGUAUCCAGUAGGACUGUCAAUGUUUUCUGUAGAGUUGGAAACUAUUCAAGCCAGUAACAACCUGCCAAUUUUAUGCAAUCUCAGUUUAGAGUACAUCCCAGUGUAAAAGUGACUCUUAAUUAACCUGGGACCUAAUUUUUCUAUAAACUUCCUGCACAGUGUUUCAUACAGUUAGGAUGUGGUAUGCAUGAGUGAAAGAUACAACUGUUCCACACAAAUUAUAGAAGUAUUAAAAAAAUA